AUGAAGUUUUCUCAUUCUUUGCAAUUUAAUGCUGUUCCGGAAUGGUCGUCAAAAUAUAUUGCUUACACAACUUUGAAAAAGUUAAUUUAUUCUUUACAAAGAGAUAGCUUAAGAAGAAGUUAUCAACAAGAUGAUGAUGAAGCUAAUUUAGAAGGCUCCCAUUUAAUCAAUGAUUCUAAUAAUUAUGCAUCUACUGGUCAACUUACUCCUGGUGAAUCUCCUUCAAAUAUAUUUAUUGCAGCACUUGAUGCUGAAUUGAAGAAGAUUGAUACUUUCUAUCAACAACAAGAAUCAUUUAUUUUCAAUAAUAUGGAUGAAUUGAUGAUUGAUAUAAAUAAUUUCGAAAGAGAAGUUGAUGAAUCCUUAUCUUUACCUGGUUCGAACAAAAGUUUUAAAAGCCAUCAACAAAGAAGAAAUUCAAUGGGAUCUAAUGAUAAUUAUAUCACCGAUCCAGAUACUGAAUUCACCCAACCAGAAGAUGAUGAAGAGGAAGAUGACGAUGAGGAUAUUACAAGAAGAUAUCGAGGUUCCGAAGAUUCCUCAGGCACUGAAGUGAGAAGAACAGCGAGAAGAUCUGGUUCAGUUCCGGAUCUUCAUGAACAUAACCCUGAAUUAGGUCGUCGUAGACGUUCAGUUGAUAAUUUUGUUAAUAAAUCUCCAAAGAUCUGGGAAGAUUUAACUAAUGCUACUUUAUCUAACAAUGUUCCUCCUCAAUUGUUAUUAUUAAGUGAAAGUAGAAUCAUUUUAAGAAAGCGUGUUAUUGGAUUAUACACCACUUUGUCUGAAUUAAAAUCAUACAUUGAGUUGAAUUAUACUGGGUUUAAAAAAGCUUUGAAAAAAUUCGAUAAAUCUUUGGAUACCAAUAUUAAGGAUGAGUAUUUAGAAAACUUGCCAGAAAGAUCAUAUGUUUUCAAGAAAUCUACUAUGACUGAGGUUGAUACACGUUUAGAGUCGUUGGUUAAACUUUAUGCUUUAAUUUGUAAUCAUGGUGAUGAUUUAGAAACAGCUAAACAAGAAUUAUCUAUCCAUUUACGUGAACAUGUUGUUUGGGAAAGAAAUACUGUUUGGAGAGAUAUGAUUGGGUUGGAAAGAAAAUCAUAUGCUGCCAACUCAAAAUUAAUCAAUCGUGCUGACGGAUCAAAAGACGAAAAAGAAGAUGGUGGAGGUAAAGGUAAAGUCAUUGAUAAAUUUAACAUUUCAUUGAAGAAUCCUGUCUUGGUGAAAUUGGUUGUUAUUUUCAUUGUGACCGUAUUAUUAUUGAAUGUAUCUCCAUUUGAUGAUUCGGCACAGAAAAACUGUUUUGCAUUGUUGAUUUGUGCAUCUUUAUUGUGGGCCACUGAAGCAAUCCCAUUGUUUGUUACUUCUUUGUUGAUUCCAUUGUUGAUUGUUGUUUUGAAUGUUAUCAAGAAUGAUGAUGGCACAAUCAUGGAUACAGUUGACACAUCCAAGUUUAUCUUAUCGACCAUGUGGAAUUCAGUUAUUUUGUUAUUAUUGGGUGGUUUCACAUUAGCCGCAGCAUUAUCCAAAUACCAUAUUGCCAAAUUGAUUUCCACUUGGAUUUUAUCUAAAGCCGGUACCAAUCCAUCCGUUGUGUUGUUGACAAUUAUGGGUGUUGCCCUUUUUGCAUCCAUGUGGAUUUCCAAUGUCGCUGCCCCAGUGUUGUGUUUCUCCUUGAUCCAACCAUUAUUGAGAACCUUACCUAAAGGAUCACAAUUUAUUAAUGCAUUGAUUAUGGGUAUUGCUCUUGCUUCGAAUGUUGGAGGUAUGGCUUCACCUAUUGCGUCCCCACAAAAUAUGAUUGCAAUUGGAUCAAUGGAACCACCUCCAUCAUGGGGUGAAUGGUUUGUUGUUGCUUUACCAGUUUGUAUUUUGUCGUUAUUGUUAAUUUGGGUCUUUUUGUUGAUUUCAUUCAACUGUAAUUCAAGAAACACUCAUUUGGUUGCAAUUAGAACCAUUGAUGAUAAGUUCACCAAUAUCCAAUGGUAUAUCAUCACUGUGUCAUUUGUCACUAUAUUCCUUUGGUGUAUUGCAUCUAAAUUAUCAGGUGUUUUUGGUGAAAUGGGUAUCAUUGCUUUGAUUCCAAUUAUAUUAUUCUUUGGAUCUGGAUUAUUAACCACUGAAGAUUUCAAUAAUUAUCCAUGGAAUAUUGUUGUCUUAGCCAUGGGAGGUACUGCAUUGGGUAAAGCCGUUGCAUCCUCUGGAUUAUUAACUAACAUUGCGGUUACAAUUCAGCAUCAAGUUGAAGAUUUAUCAUUAUUGGGAGUUACAUUAACACUUGGUAUUUUCAUUUUGAUUAUUGCAACAUUUAUUAGUCAUACGGUUUCUGCAUUAAUUGUCGUCCCAUUGGUUAGUGAAAUUGGUAAUAAUAUGCCAGAUCCACAUCCAAGAAUGUUGAUUUUGUCUACUGCCUUAUUAUGUAGUGCUGCUAUGGGAUUACCAACUUCUGGAUUCCCUAAUGUCACUGCUAUUUGUAUGACUGAUGAAUUUGGCAAACCAUAUUUAACUGUGGGUACAUUCAUUAGAAUUGGUGUUCCUGCUUCAAUAAUCGCAUAUGCUAUUAUUGUUACUGUAGGCCAUGCAACUAUGAAAAUUAUCCAUUUUUAA